GAUAAGACACCUUGGAUCAUAGCGUAUGGCCACCGGCCCAUGUACUGCUCCAACAUUGACGGAGAUGACUGCACGACCCCUCGUUCGAUUGUCCGUGCAGGCUUGGAAGAACUGUUCUAUAAGUAUGGUGUUGAUGUCAUCAUCGAGGCUCAUGAACACUCUUACGAACGGCUUUGGCCUGUGUAUAACGAAACGGUGAUGCAGCGGGAUUACAUCAACCCUAAGGCCCCAGUACACAUCAUCUCUGGCGCAGCAGGGUGUAACGAGCAAGAUGGAAUAUGUGUCAAUGCCAUCCUUGGCCCUAAAGGGCCUUGGUCUGCCUUCCGUUCUUGGCUGCCUGUACAUAACGCCACUUCCUUGCACUGGGAGCAGGUGCAUGACAUCACAGGAUCCGUGGAAGAUGCCAUUGAGAUUGUGCAGCACCAGCAUGCACCGUUUCCACACGCACAUUGA